AUGACAGAGAUGGUGAAGGACCUAUGGCAAGAGACUCCUCUUAUCUAUUCGACACACCUGUCCCAAAUCACCGGCGCUUCGGUCUAUCUUAAGCUCGAGAACGUACAUCCCUCAUUCUCGUUCAAGUACCGCGGGAUCUCGCGCUUCAUCCAGAAGGUGAAGGCUGAGCGCGGUCCCUCCGUCCAUCUUGUCAUCGCCUCAAGUGGAAACGCCGGGCUGGCCGCUGCGUGCGUCUCGCGUUCGCUGGGUUUUCGAUGCACCGUCUUCCUGCCCGAUGGUGCCGCGGACAACACACUGGGGUUGUUAAACAGGGAGAAGGCAGAGGUUGUGGUUGGUGGAAGAAUUUAUGCGGAGGCGUUGAAGGAGGCGAAGGAGCUUGUGAAGACAGAAUCCGAGGCGGUGAUGGUUCCUUCUUACGACGACCCUGUGCUAUGGGAGGGUCAUAGUUCGAUGAUCCAUGAAGUCAAACGGCAACUUACGGGAAGGCAGCCUGACGCCAUUUUCUGCAGCGUCGGGGGCGGUGGCCUGCUCGGAGGAAUUUUCGAGGGUGGUUGGUUGGGAAAGCGUCCAAAUUAUCACCCUCGAGACGAUGGCGUCGAGACGGCAUUACCGGACGGCGUGCAUAUCGUUCACAAUCAGGAGUUCGGCUUGGACUUGGCGCAUUUUUCUAGUGUCGCGUUGCAGUCGAAGGCGUCCAGCUCAUUGGGCGCUUCAGAACCAGCUGUUAGGGUCCUUAAUAAGGCGCUCAAGUGGCCGGGAGGGGUGCGGACGAUCAGCGUGCCCGACGAGUUGAGCAUGGAUACGCUACUUAAAUUUACUGAUUCCUCGUCGAGCUAG